AUGGAUGCUCCCUGGACCCCCUCGCAAGGGCAGCAGCAGGAGACGGUGCUCAACGCGGUGGAUAGUUAUAGUAUCAGCUUGACCCUGGACAUGGCGGAGUGUGACAAGUAUCCUGCAAAACAACACGCCCGGCGAGUUGCUGCGAAGCUGGGGGUUUCGUCUGGUCUGGUGUACCUUGUAGGCCAACCGACCAUCAACCUGAUCGAUUCCGACCAGGCACGACCGUUCCGCCAGAGACGAUAUUUUUACUACGUGACCGGCAUCGACGAGGCGGACUGCUACGCGACGUACGACAUCGAGCAUGAUCGGUUGACGCUGUACAUUCCGGACUUUGACCUGAGCCUGGCGAUAUGGAACGGCCGGACGCUGACCAAGGAGGAGGCCGAAAGGCGGUACGAUGUGGACCAGGUGCGGUACUGUUCCUCGCUGGCGAGUGAUGUCGAGCGCUGGGUGAACAAGUACAACGGAACGAGCUCGAUCUACAUCCUGCACCCGGAGCACAAACCCGUCGUCAAGAAGGGACGGGAGCUGAAGUUGGAUGCCGAGCGGUUGCUGCCGGCGAUGGAUGCCGUGCGUGGGAUCAAGGACGAGUACGAGAUCCGGAUGAUCCGCCGAGCGAACGAGGUCUCGGGGCUGGCGCACCGGAAGGUGCUGGAGAAGAUCCGGGACAUGACGAACGAGGCCGAGAUCGAGGGGAUCUUCCUGGACACGUGCAUCUCGCACGGGGCGAGGAACCAGGCGUACGAGAUCAUCGCGGGUUCCGGCGAGAACGCGGCGACGCUGCACUACGUCAAGAACAACGAGCCGCUGGCCGGCCGGCAACUGGUCUGUCUCGAUGCGGGCGCCGAGUGGAACUGCUACGCCAGCGACGUGACUCGGACGUUCCCGCUGGGCAGUAGUAGUAGCAGCAGCAGCAGCAGCAAACACGACGGCUGGCCCAGUGCCGAGGCGAAGAGUAUCUACACCAUUGUGGAGCGGAUGCAGGAAGAGUGUAUCAAGAGGAUCCGCAAGGGGGUGCGCUUCCUCGACCUCCACGUCCUGGCUCACGUCGUUGCCAUCGAGGGACUCGUCGAGCUGGGCGUCCUCCGCCGCGGCUUUUCUACCGAGGAGAUCCGCCAGUCGCGCGCCUCAUCCGUCUUCUUUCCACACGGACUAGGCCACCACGUCGGGCUGGAAGUGCACGACGUCUCCGAGACCAGCAUCAUGGCCAUGGAUGAGGAACAGUAUGCCCGAUACGCGUCCGUCCUGCCGGCACCGUCCAUGACUCACUCGCCGUGCACGGCAGCCGCGCCCGUUCUCGACCAAGGCAUGGUCGUCACCAUCGAGCCAGGCAUCUACUUUUCGCAGUACGCGCUGGCCAACGCGCGCACGCUGCCGCUGGCUCGCUACAUCGACUUUGACGUGGCGGAGCGGUAUCUGCCUGUCGGCGGGGUGCGUAUCGAGGACGACAUCCUCGUCACGCGCGACGGAUACGAGAAUCUAACCACUGCGCCCAAGGGGGAGGCCAUGCUUGAGAUUAUUCGUAGUAGUCAGUAG